CCGCCAAGGGCGGUGUAAAAAGAAAAAACUGAGAGAAGUAUUUUGUGGCGAAAUAAAAACUUAUGAACGGGUCUAUUGAAAUGGUUGUGGAUUCUCGUGCAGUUGAUUACACUAAUUAUUACGGUUCAUUCCACUUUGUCGCAAAAUAAAAUCACUUAGAGUUUGAAAUUGUUGUUUAAGUAAUAAGAAACAUUUUUUUUUCGUUAUUGACAUUUGUUUUGCAUUUAUUUGUCUGUUUGUUCGAACUCAAUCGUUUGUUUGGUUUUUAUGAACAUCGACACUUACAAAAUACUUACAAAAUGAACAAUCAAAUACGAUGACAUAAAACGAGUGAAAAUUGGAAAAAUGUCCGGACUAUCAGAUCCGUAUGAUUCGCUAAAAAAUUUCAUUGCUGGUGGUGUUUCGGCAGCUGUGUCAAAAACAGUCGUUGCCCCAAUCGAACGGGUUAAAUUUCUGUUACAAGUACAACACAUUUCCAAACAAAUACCCGAAGAUAAACGGUACAAAGGUCUCAUCGACUGUCUGGUUCGCAUUCCGAAAGAGCAAGGCUUCAUUGCGUACUGGCGAGGCAAUUUAGCCAAUGUCAUUCGCUAUUUUCCCACUCAAGCUCUGAAUUUUGUCUGCAAAGACAAGUACCAGCACAUUUUCCUACAAGGCGUUGACAAACAUACCCAAUUCGGACGAUAUUUCCUUGGUAACUUGGCUGCUGGUAGUGCGGCCGGUGCUACAUCGUUGUGCUUAGUCUAUCCGCUCGAUUUUGCUCGUACACGUCUGGCUACUGAUGUCGGUAAAAACGGGUCUCGAGAAUUCCUAGGCCUUGGUGACUUUCUGCGCAAAACAUUCAAAACCGAUGGAUUCUUUGGCCUAUAUCGUGGCUUUACCACAUCUAUACAAGGUAUCGUAAUCUAUCGGGCAGUGUACUUUGGCUUCUAUGACACUAUCCGUGGCAUGAUGGCAGAUCCGAAGAAUACGCCAAUUUACAUUUCAUGGGCUAUAGCCCAAGGUGUAACCACUGUUGCCGGUAUUGUCGCGUAUCCAUUCGAUACGGUUCGACGACGUAUGAUGAUGCAAUCGGGAUUGAAAGCAACGGAAGUGAUUUACAACAGCAGUGCCCAGUGUUGGAUAACAAUUGCUAAACAGGAAGGCAUUCGUGGUUUUUACAGAGGAGCCUUGACAAACGUUUUUCGUGGUACCGGCGAUGCAUUCGUACUAGUGUUGUAUGAUGUUGUCAAGAAAAUGUUGUGAUCGGGAUCAGAGUCCUGUGUGUACAUUAAAUAAACAGGCAAACUACAUAACAG